AUCACUAACAAAUCUAGUCAUGGUUCAACAAAAUUGGUGUGUAAGGUACAUUGGAAGAUUUUAAAAUAAGCGCACACAAAAUUGGCACUGUUUGAAAGAAAAGAUUGUGCGGCAAUGUUAAACAGUAAAUCCUAAGGUUCCCGACUGCACCUCUUCUAUGCUUAAGACUUAAAUAGCCAAUAAUAAUUUAGAAAGAAAUGUAAUAGCCAAUCUAAGCUAAAACUUUACUUUGACUGAUUUUCAAUUGGGUGGGCACUGCCCACCCUUGCCCAGACAUAGCCACGCCUCUGGAGCAAACAUCUUAAGACCAAGUCUUGGGGGAAUCAUUGGCACAUUCAGUACUGAGACGAAACAAUAAAGAUCUGAAGUUCUCCGAGUCCCUCAGCACCAGAAUCAUGGAUAACUCUUCAAAGUGCUGUGCUUUCGAAGCACCCAUCUUGGAUGAAGUCCUACCUCCGAUACUAUUCGUCGAAUUCAUUUUAGGCCUUAUGGGGAACGUCCUCGCCCUCUCUAUGUUCUUCUUCCACAGGGACACCUGGAAGCCCAAUUCUGUUUAUCUUGCCCAUCUUGCCGUGGCAGAUUCGGUGGUCCUUUUCUGCCUUCCUUUCAGGGCCGACUACUACCGCAGGGGCAAGGACUGGGUCUACGGAGACGCUUUCUGCCGUGUUUUGCUCUUUCUUUUGGCCACCAACAGAGCUGCAGGUAUAUUCUUCCUCACUGCUGUCGCCGUGGACCGAUACCUGAAGAUCGUCCACCCUCUCAACCGCAUCAACCGAAUGGGUCUGCGUUAUGCCCUGUGGGUCUCUGUUGGCCUGUGGGGUCUGAUCAUAGCCAUGACUGUCUACCUCCUAACAGACAAGCAUUUCUACUAUCGAAAUAACCGCACACAAUGUGAGAGCUUCAACAUAUGUUUAGGUCACAAUGCAUUGUCUGACUGGCACAAUUCAUUCUAUGUCAUCCAGUUCUUUAUACCCACCGGCAUUGUUAUCUAUUGCACUGCUUGUAUUACGUGGCAGCUGAAGAGUAAGACAGUGGACACACAGGGCAAAAUCAAAAGAGCCGUGCAGUUUAUAUUAGCAGUGGCUCUAGUUUUCAUUAUAUGUUUCUUCCCGAGCAAUGUCUCCCGUAUCGCUGUCUGGGUGUUGAAGAGCUGGUAUAGUGAGUGCCAGUAUUUCCGUGAUGCAAAUGUGGCUUUCUACACGACAGUCUGCUUUACCUACUUUAACAGUGUACUCAAUCCCAUCGUCUAUUAUUUCUCCAGCCCAGCGUUCAGUGGAUCCCUCAAGAAAGUCUACAUGAAACUCAUAGGAAAGAAAAUGGACGAUGAGGAGGACGAUGGGAAGAACAAUCACAGUUCUGUUACAGUAUCAGCUAAUGUAUCUUAAGUUAAUAUUCACUAUGAAGUGUUGAUAUUAUUAAGUCAUACACUUUAUAAUUCAUACUAAUAUAUUUACUCAGAUGUCAAUGAUAGAUGUUAAUUCAUGUAGCCUAAUCAUCGAUCUGUGACCUUCAUAAACAUUAAAUAUGCCCUUGACAUUUGUCUGUUUAUAUAAAUCAAUUACCUACACAAAUGACCUCACUAAUAUUUAAUAAA